GAAUCUGUCAGAUGUUCAUCCACAAAGCUGAUGAGAGGUUAUGUAAAAAAUUAAUAACAAAGUUGAAAAGAAUAUAAAAGUCUCACAUAAAUUCAGAUUACUAAUUUAAAAUGGUAUCUCCAACGCUUGCAUUAUUUGUGCGCUCAAAGGGUCCUGAUGAGUUCUGGCGUAAAAGAAGAAUAUUCAAACUAGCAGCUCACUUCCGUGGAAGGAAACGUAAUUGCUAUUCCAUAGCUGUGCGCUAUGUGCACCGUGCUUUGGUAUAUGCCACAAAAGGCCGUAAAUUAAAGAAAAUGGAUAUGGCAGAGUUAUGGAGCAGACGUGUUCAAGCCGGUUGCGAACAAUACGGUAUUACACUUGAUACAUUCAAGGAUACCUUGACCCGAAACAACAUUCUUUUAAAUAAAAAAUCUUUAUCUGAUCUCGCUAUUUGGGAACCAAAGUCAUUCGAAGCAUUAGUUAAAUUAUCAAGAGAACGUGCGGUUGUAGAUUCAUUGCCCGGACUUACUGAGCGAUCGGUAAUGAACCAAGUUUAUGGCUUAGCCAAUUUAAAAUUAGAUAAGUAAAUAAUUUCUAGUACACAAAAUAUCUGUACAAAGCUUUACAAUUACAUAUUAAACCAAAUUUUUCAGAAACAAAGCGUAAAA